UCUGGAGCACUGCAUCACUCUUCAUAGAAACGCAGUUGCAGAGGACCCGCCUGUAGAGCCCCACAGAUCAACAGCACCGACUACGUGGCCGCGCUGAGUGCAGCCAUCAGCUGGGUAUAAGACAUAGCCGUGACCCAAUACGCUCUUAAACAACCAGUAUCGACAUUGGAGAGAAUUUGGGGAUCUCCGUUGAUUCGAGUGAAAGGCUAAACUUAUCCUUAAAAACAAAUUAUGUCUGACUGCAGGCGGCAGUGGAACCGAGAGGAUGAGCUACCGGUCUAUUUGGCGGGUCCUGUCACUACUGGUCCGAAUAAGAGGAAAUCCUAUGGGAUGUUUUCCUCCGUGGAAGGUGCUUUUGACAGUAAGACGCUAGAUUUUGAUAACUUAGCGGUGGGGCGAAAAGGGAGCCGUACCCCCCGGAGCGGGAGCCGAGAGAGGAUUCUAGACGCGGGGGACCCAGUCACAGACACGGCCAACGAGGCCAGGGAUGUUCGCGACGGGUUGCAUGCCUGUUCACCCGGGGACAGGAAGGAUGGGCGGCCAGGUGUGGAGAUAAAACCAUCUUCUGCGAGGGAGAUUGAUUUGGGACAGGGAAAUGGAAAGACUGACGGACUGUUGAUCAAGGGAGGGCGCGUGGUCAACGAUGACCUGUCGUUCUUUGCAGACGUGUACAUAGAGGAUGGCCUGAUUAAACAGGUGGGGGAGAACCUGAUAGUUCCAGGGGGAGUGAAGGUGGUGGAGGCCCAGGGGCGUAUGGUGUUCCCUGGUGGGAUAGACGUCAACACCUGCCUGCUGAAGCCACACCUGGGCUCCCCUCCUGUGGAUGACUUCUCCCAGGGGACCAAGGCUGCUCUGGCCGGGGGCACCACCAUGAUCUUGGACCACGUGACCCCUCAGCCGGGAGACAGCCUGCUGGAGGCGUUUGAGCGUUGGCAGGAAGCAGCAGACAGGAAGUCGUGCUGCGACUACUCCCUUCACGUGGACAUCCCCCAGUGGCAUGAGGGCGUCAAGGAGGAGCUGGAAGUGCUGGUGCAGGAGAAAGGGAUCAACUCUUUCCAAGUGUACAUGGCUUAUAAAGACCUGUACCAGAUGACAGACUCUCAGUUGUAUGAGGCCUUUACGUUCCUCAAAGAGCUGGGGGCCGUGGCGUUGGUGCAUGCUGAGAAUGGAGACCUUAUUGCUCAGGAGCAGAGCAAAAUCCUCAGUAUGGGAAUCACUGGACCUGAGGGCCAUCCUCUCAGUCGCCCUGAAGAGCUGGAGGCGGAGGCUGUGUUCAGAGCCAUCACUCUUGGCAACCGGGUAAACUGUCCAGUCUACAUCACCAAGGUGAUGAGCAAGAGUGCUGCUGACACUGUCACCCAGGCCCGGAGGAAAGGUUCCAUUGUCUUUGGUGAACCCAUCACAGCCAGUCUGGCCACUGACGGCUCACACUAUUGGAGCAAGAACUGGGCCAAGGCUGCUGCCUAUGUGACCUCUCCUCCCCUGAGUCCUGACCCCACCACCCCAGACCACCUCCACACCCUGCUGGCCUGCGGCGACCUGCAAGUGGUGGGCAGCGCCCACUGUGCCUACAGUGUAUCCCAGAAGGCCAUAGGGAAGGACGACUUCACCUUGAUCCCUGAGGGAACUAACGGAGUGGAGGAGAGGAUGGGCUUUGUCUGGGACAAGGCUGUGGCUAUUGGGAAGAUGGACGAGAACCAGUUUGUCGCUGUGACCAGCACCAACGCUGCCAAGAUCUUCAACUUGUACCCCCGUAAGGGACGCAUCGCAGUGGGCUCUGACGCAGACCUGGUGAUCUGGGACUCUGACAGGAUACGAACCAUCACAGCCAAACAACACCAGUCGGCUCUGGAGUAUAACAUCUUUGAGGGGCUGGAGUGCCGAGGGGGUCCGGUGCUGGUGGUGAGCCAGGGCAGGGUGGUGUAUGAGGAGGGCAAACUCUACGCCCAAGCAGGCACUGGCCACUUCAUCCCCCGCCAGGCCUUCCCCGACUACGCUUAUCAGCGGGUCAAGAUCAGGAGCCAGGUAAAAGGGCGACAAGGUGUGUCCCGUGGGAUGUAUGACGGCCCGGUGUACGAUGUCCCUGCCACCCCUAAAUACAUCACCCCUUCCCCCUCAGCCAAAACCUCACCCACCUCCCACCAGCCUCCACCAAUCCGCAAUUUGCACCAGUCCAACUUUAGCCUAUCAGGUGCACAGAUUGAUGACAGCGUUCCUCGACGCUCCGGCCAUCGAAUCAUGGUGCCCCCUGGUGGACGCUCCAACAUCACCAAUCUUGGCUGAGCGUGUGUGUGCGUGCGAUUGUGUGUCUAUGUGUAUGAAAGAGAGAAUGUUUUUUGUCCAAUGUUCAGUAAUUUUCACACAAUACAACCCAUUACAAGGCACAACAAACAAGUUUGUUUAAUAAUAUCCUUAGCUUUUCAUGGUUCCAUAUAGUCAAUUGUUCUAUGAUCCAUGGGUACACUUCUCAGUGCCUGCAUGGUGUUGUAGAUACCAUUUAUCUUGAAGUAUUUCUAAAAUAGCUUCAUUAUGUAGAAAGAUAGGAUUCACAUGCACUGAAACUAACAUCCAGAAAUAAGGGCACACACUGUCUCUCUCUCUCACUCUCUCUCUGUCUCUCUCUCUGUCUCUCUCUCUCUCUCUAUCACACUCACACACACACACACACACACACACACUCUCUCUCACACACACACUCUUUCUAACUCAGUGUUUGAUACCCACCCUUCCACACACAAGAGAACUGGGCUGUGUCCCAAUACCCAUACUACCAUAAUACAUCAGGUAUAAUGUUGAAGUUUGCUGGCACACUUUUCUGGCUAAUCUUACCCACAACCAUUUGUGCAGCACAACAGUUGCCACUGCCAAUUGCUAAGACGGUUCAGUAGCAAAUCUACAGGAAGGUGUCUGCACCUAUUCAAGACAUGGUCCUGCGACUAAGUAGUACAUCCCGAUUGUCUGCAAACUAUGCAACAGUACAUAAUCUUUAAGGGCAGCUGCAAUACCAACUAAAAGUAAAAAGUACAAGUAUUGUGUUCUGGAUGGAGCCCUGAUCUCUGAGUGUGUUCUGUUGUUGUGUCACUCCUUGAGCAUGGCUUCUCCCUUCAUCGUUUUCCUCUUUACUCUCACCUCUUCUGGGUCUGCUCAUACCUGGUGCUCCCACCACUGCUCUCUUGUGGACAGUUGAGGAAAUGUAGGAUUCAAUACUGUGUGUCUUAUUCUGUGUAUUUCUCCAGCCAAUUGCGUGGCUCCAGUGGGUCACCAAUAAUGCAUGAACAUGUCAGAUGUUGAUUCUGCUUAUGGUAGGUUGUGACUGUGAGGGUACUCUUAGGAUGUACUAAAUGCACAUUGAAUACACUGUUUAUAUGUUGUAUUGGAUAGCACAAUCAUAUUGUAACGUGUCUUAUAUUGGUAUAUGCCUAAAUUGAAGUACACAUACCUUGCCUACUUUAUCCAUGGAUUUCCUCAGAAGCACACUCUUGGUUGAAUAUUUGCUCUCCAUCCCCCCUUGUCACAAGGGGAGGAGAGGAGGAGGCUGGACCAGGGGACACAUCAUCUGCUCUACAAUAUCACCACAAUUGUAACCUCAGACAAGUUAUGCAAUACUUUCACACUAACCAAAAGUGUUCAAAAAGGUGUUCCUUUCAUGGUAAUUAAUGAUGUGUUCCAGGUCCAUUUUUACUUAAACAAACACUCAGAUAAAACCCAUUUAUGCUUGCAUGAACAUGCAUGUGGCGGCCUAGGAGAGCAAAUGUGUGAUGACAGGGCAUGUGCCUGAACUCAAUUUUAUAUACUAGUUCACCCAUGACCAGUCAUUUUUGACCAGUCAUUUUUGACUGGGAACACCACUGCUUCAAUUAAAAAAACAGUAUCAAAUUAUCAACAUUUAUUUCAUGUGUUUAAAUGCCCUGUCAGAACAAAGACGUGGAACGUUAUGACAAUCAGAUUAAGUGAACCAGGUUUACAUUUUUCAGAGAGAAAACUUGUAAAUCGAACUAAUUCGACCGGAACAGGAGGAUUAACCAAUUAGAUUAACUAAGAGCACAAGUCACAAAUACAAUCAAAUAAUAAACAUGCUAAUUUUUUUGUGUUAUCUUACUCAUUGACCUUAUGUGCUGGAGCGUAUAUAGACCUAUUAUUUGUUUCAGUCACACAAAAAGUAUGUCGUUGUUUUUAUAUCUCUGCUUCAAUUCAUUGCUGUGAUAGAGCUUAAUCCCUUGCUGAAGCCUCUGCUCCCUCCUUCUACGAGAUCGGCUCCUCAUUGAUUGGAAGGUUUCAGGGGAGUUUGUCAUUGUGUUUGUUUAUAUGCGUACUCUGUUGCUGUUGUUUUCAAUGGAAUUACUGCUGAUGAAUGAACUACUGA